AUGUCCGACGUUGCUGUCCCGCCCGAGGUGACUGCAGAGAUCACCCAGAUUCUCUCCAACCUUGUCCUCGGCGACAACCAGAUCCGCUCCAGUGCGGAGCAGGCAGUCGACGACCGCCUCGCGCGCAACCCGGAGCCUUAUCUACUCGCCAUCGCCCAGUUCGCGACGUCGGCCGACUCCGAGCUCAUGCGCUCCUUCUCGCUCGUCCUCCUCCGUCGCCUCCUCUUCCGUCCCUCCACCGCCCAACGCGUUGCUCUCUACGACCAUCUUGGCCCUCAAGCGAUCGAGACCUUGCAACGGAUUCUUCUCCACUCCCUCCUCCAUGAACCCGCCUCUGUCGUCCGGCACAAGACAGUCGAUACCGUUACCGAUCUGUCCAACAACGCCAUGAAGCGCGGCCACCCGUGGCAUGCCCUGCGCUCCCAGGUCUAUGCGAUGGCAGACUCAACAGACGUGCUCACGCGCGAGUCCGCGUUCCGCGUCUUCGCCGGCUGCCCACACUUGGUCAUGGAUCUCGAAACGGACGCUAUUGUCGCCAUUCUCCAGAAAGGCUUGCAGGACCCACAGAGCACCGAAGUCCGCCUUGCCUCCCUCCGCGCCGCAGUCUCUUUUCUUUGUGCCUGCGACCCAGGCCAGCAAGCACAAGCGCUCGUCCUCAUGUACCCAAUGCUCAACACCCUCCCUUCACUACCUCGCGCGCAGCAACCACCGUUCCUCACCGUGCUCACCGAGCUUGCAUCCACGAAUGCGCAGCUCUUCCGACCGCACAUCCCUGCUCUCCUCACCUUUUUGCCGACCCUCCUCAUGCCUGUCCUCGAUGCCGGUCCAACCCCCACCGUCGCGCGCCCGCACGGCGGCUCGUUCUCGUUCCCGCCUAUCGCCCCGGCGUCGAAUGGGGACGGCGACGACAAGCCGUCGGGCGAAGAGGACGAGGUGCGAAAGGGCGCUCUUGAAUUCAUGACCACUCUCAGCGAGGCUAAGCCUGCGAUGCUUCGAGGUGUGGAGGAGUGGUCGCGGACCCUCGUUCGCGGGUGCUUGGAGGGCAUGGGCGAGAUACCCGAAGAAGACACCGAUACUUGGCUCGAAGCCGAUCCCGCCGAAGAUCCAACGGAUGUCAAUUACCCGCACACGUACGAGCAGGCCCUAGAUCGCGUCGCGUGUGCCCUUGGUGGCGCGGCGGUCCUCCCGCCGGCAUUUUCGUUCAUCCCUGCGAUGCUCCUUGGUCACGACUGGCGACUGCGUCAUGCAGGGCUCAUGGCUAUUGCGGCUAUCGCAGAGGGCACAAGUAAAAUGAUGCAGCAGGAGCUUGGGAAGGUCGUCGAGCUCGUUACGCCGAUGUUCGCAGACCCACACCCGAGAGUGCGCUAUGCUGCGUGCCAGUGCAUCGGGCAGCUUUGCACGGAUCUUGAGGAAGUCGUACAAGAAAAGUUCCACCAGCAAAUAUUCGCAGCCCUCAUUCCCGCGCUCGAGGCCCCUGAACCGCGAGUUCACGCGCAUGCAGCGGCGGCGUUGAUCAACUUCUGUGAGGGAGUCGAGCGUGAGACGCUCAUCCCGUACCUCGACCCGAUCGUUGAGAGGCUGCUUAAACUACUCAACCCGGCGGCGACCGAUGCGUCAAAACAACCGAAGCGGUAUGUUCAAGAACAGGUCAUCACUACGCUUGCCAUGGUUGCCGACGCCAGUGAAGCUACCUUUGCUAAACAUUACUCGUCGAUCAUGCCGCUACUGCUUAACGUCAUGCAGAAUGCCAAUGGACCAGAGUAUAGGAAGUUACGCGUGAAGGCAAUGGAGUGCGCGGGACUGAUCGCAAUCGCCGUCGGUCGCGACAUUUUCCGUCCAGAUUCAAGAACGUUCGUAGAACUGUUGAUGCGAAUACAGAAUAGCCCACAGGAUCCAAACGAUACCAUGCUCAGCCAUUUCCUUAUCGCGACGUGGGCUAAGGUCUGCCAAGCUCUUGGAGAAGAGUUCGAGCCUUACCUGCCCGUCGUCAUGCCACCUCUGCUCCGCGUCGCAGGGUCAAAAGCUGACAUAUCAAUAUACGAUGACGAAGAAGAGCACGAGGACCGCGAUGGCUGGGAGAGCAUCUCCCUGGACGGCAGGCAGGUCGGUGUGAAAACAUCCGCGCUCGACGACAAGUGUCAGGCGUUCGAGACGCUUCUCAUCCAUGCGUCGACGCUCAGCGCACGGUUCGGACCGUAUGUCGCACAGGUGCUCGAACUCGCGUUACCGGGUCUUCGCUUCUACAUCCAUGACGGCGUUCAGGAGGCGUGCGCGAUGCUUGUCCCGGUGUUGUUCUCAUGUGGCAAACAUAGCGGCACGCUCUCCCCACAGAUGGUCGGCGCGACCUUCACGCAACUGAUCAACUGCAUCAGCGCCGAAUCCGAUUCCACCUUCCUCGCCUCCCUGUACAAGUGCUUCCUCGACGCGAUGCUUGUGCUGGGCGGCCCCGCCGCACUCGCACCCGAGUACGUGCAGGGCCUUACUGAGGCGACGCAAAGACAGCUCCAAGCGCUCGCUGACAAGCGCAAGGGGCGCGCCACGAAGCCGGUGGUGGAGAUCCGCGAGGAUCGGGAAAACCUGAUGUUUAUGGAGGAGAUGGAGGAUUUCGCGCUUGAGGACAUGGGCAAGCUUGUGCGCACAUUCGACCCCGCACACAAUCUGCUGAUUGCGAUCUCGAGUGUGCGCGAACUUGGGCUGCAUCUGUCUGAGUACGAGGGGGUGGAGGUUGUGGAAGGUAGCUAA